CUCCUUCCUUCACCAUAUCAAAGACACACACACAUAUAUAUAUAUACAUGUGUGUGUUUAUAUUUUUAAAAAGAUAAAAUAUAUAGCCUAUUAUAAAUGUGUAAUUUGUGAAUGCAAGAACUGAAGAUGGAAGAACUGGAGAAAGCGGUUUGGCAUGCAUUCAUAUUUCUAGCAGAUAAACAAUCUGGUCUUACACAAAAGUCAAAACUUAAGGUUUUAACCAAUAAUCUCGGAAAUGAAUUAGGAUUUUUAAAAUCGGAAGAAAAGUUGGACAAAUGUAGUUCCACAGAAUUAAAUUUCGAAGAAUAUUUGAAACUGCUAAAAUCAGAAGUUUUUACUGAUAGUCAUUUAAGUUUUACACCAAAAGCAGAAUCUAUCAAAGAAAUAUGUUGGAUACUUUGCAAGAAUAAAGUCUGGGAAUUUCCUGAUCAGCCUAAACUGAAAUCUUCCGAUGCUUUCACACUCUGGAAGCUGUUCAAUUUUCUAAGUGAAAGAGAGGAAAAUGGGCAAUACAUGUUACCUUUGUCGGUGGACAGAGCUGAGAUUGAACACCUAUUUGAUCGGUUUGGUCAUGUUACUGGUCAACAACCAGACCAGAAAUCUAUGGAAGGUGCAUUAAAUAAAGAAACUGAAAGAUUUCCUUUCCCUAAAUUACUCAGCCUCUUUCAGAAUCAAUAUCUUAAUAGGCUGGUAGAUAAUGAAAUAUCAAUAGGAUUAAACGAAAUUUAUGAUGAACUCAUUAAGGAUGUUAUGAAAAAGGGAAUGAUGUCGAAGAGAGGCACCCGUGUUGCAACAUGGAAGGAGAGAUUCUUUGUGUUGAAGCCAGCAUGUUUGUUAUAUUACACAGGACCAGACCAAAAAGAAAUGAAAGGGUCCAUCGAUAUCAACAACUCAUGUGCUGUUGUGCCCACACAAGAAAAAACUUGUAGAUUUAUAAUACGGACGAAAAUCAAAGAUUAUGAGUUGAAUGUCAGUGAUAUGAAAUCAAAGAAUGAAUGGAUUACAGUUUUGCAGAAAGCAAUUGACAAUGAUGAUAAAGAUAUCCAUUACCAUCGUGAUGAAUUGAUUAAAAGAUGCCAGAAUAGAUGGACCAAGAAACAACAGCUGGCUGAGGAGAGAGAGCAGCAAAAAAUUCGGCAGGAGUUAAUCGAAAUGAAAUCUAGAGAAUUAGAAGAAGAGAAACAGGCCAGAGCUGAAGCAGAAGCAAGGCUUCAGCUAGAGACAGCACUUAGAGAAGCUGAUAAAGACCAUAUGAAGGAACUGGAGCAACUUCUGGAAGAAGAGAGACAAGCUAAGCGUGACGAAGAAUUAGUGAGGGCUGCUCAAGCUAGAGUAUUACAAGAAGAAUUUGAGAAACGAGAAGAACUUGAAAGACUGAAGGCAAUGCAGGAGCAGCUAUUGGCAGAAGAACAAUCUAAGAGGGAAGGUAUUGAAGAGGAAAGGAACAAACAAGCGCAACUUUUGGCUGCAGCCAAACUUCAACUGGAAGAACUUCAAAGAGAGCGCAGUGUCGCUGAUGAACAGCUGCAGAGUGCAAAAGAGAAAAUCAAACAAGUUGAAACUGAAAGAAGCAAAAUGGAACAAAAACUAAAAUUCACCGUCAAACCGAUUGGCUUAGCUCGCUUGGUCCAGCCGAAAUGUCCAACAUUCAUCACUCACCGAGGUUAUGGGGCAUUCCCACAUUAUGAUUUACAGAAAAACCAUAAAAAUAAGUGCCUUAAUAACAGUACCGAAAAUCAGGAAGACUUGACUGAUGACGAUGGUGGCCGCAGCAGUAACUAGGAAGUUUUUUUUGUUUUUUUUUAAUUUUAGGAGAGACUAACAGAGAGAAAACAAUGAUUGUCUGAUCUGACGGUUGAUACUUCUUCCAAUAUAUUGUCCCCUUUGUUUUCGGUUUUUUUUUUUGGUAAUAUCUCUCCCAGUAUAUACAUACAGGCAUACACAAAUAUAUACAUGCAUUCACAUUUCAUACACAUGACCUCACAUGCAAACCAACAAGGGAGUUUGCAAUCAUAAGCUAAAGAGAAUUAAAAGGCAGUUGAUUCUCAA